GGAACACUUGACAACAACAACAACACAACAACAAGCCAGCCACCACCACGGAAAAGCGCCACUCCCCAAGCAACAACACACGAACAUCCGCAGACGCAUAUCCACACGCAGCGCAUUUGUGUGAUCGCAUUGAACCCACCACCACCACCACCACAACAACAACAACACAGACUUUGCCUGACAUCAUGUCCAAGCGCACAUCGCGAGCGGUGAGCCGCUCGUACAGGACCGUGAGCAGAACAUCCGAUGCCGACGAGCUCUUGUUCGGUUCAACGCAGCCUGCAUCGCGGCGCAUGCAGACACAGGGCUCCGCGCUGAGCGGGUUCUUCGCCGGUGAAGGCACAACACAGCACGGUGCGGGUGGCAGAUUCAGCACGCGCACUCGUUCCGCCACAAAGAAGAACAAGCCCGAAGUGCGCACCAUUGUCACCAAGGAUGGCAUUCGCACGCUGAGGGUGCCACGCAAGGAACCCGAGAACCCGGUCCUUGUACUCUCGCGUGACGAGUUUGUUCGCCUCAAGCAAAACGCCAAAGUCAAGACAAAGGCCGAAAUCGAGGCAGAGAAGCGCCGCCGCCAGGAGGAGCGCCGGCGGUUGGCGGAGGAGAGCGAUCGACGAAAGGCGGAGAUGGAGAAGCUUGAGGCACAGCGGGCAAAGCGCGCGAUGGACGAGAAGAAGUCGAUUGAGGAGGAGUGCAAGGAGGAGGAGAAGCGCCUCGAUGAGGUUGCUGAGCGGCAUGCGCUUGAGGCGCGGCGGCAGCAGGAGGCCGUGGAGCGCCCCGCCGCAAGAAGGAGAGGGAAGAGGCAGAGGCAAAGCGCAAGGUCAACACCAACCCGCAUGCACACCCUCCUCUAUUCCUCGUCAACACUGCACUGUGCAAUUGAGGAGAUGCAGCGGACGCGUGAGGAGCAGAUCUGGGCGAAGCAGCAGUACAUGGCAAUGCAGGCGCAGCAGGACAUGGCCGAGUUUGAAAACGUCCUCCAGUCGCAGCAGCAGAUGAUCGAGGCCGAGAAGCGCAAGGAGCAGCAGGAGCAGGGCAAGAAGAUGCAGCAUGCGCAGGCGGUGCGGCAACAGAUCAGCGAGCAGGAGCGUGAGCGCCGCCGUGAGCGCGAGGGCUUCUUCGCCGAGGGCCGACAGCUGCACGAGGAGGCUGAGGCACGCAAGCGCAGGCUCAACGAAAUCAAGCAGCGCAAACUCCAAGAACUCAAGGCUCUGGGCAUUGAUCCAAAGUACGUCGCACCCGUGGAGCGCCUCAUCUCUGCCCCAGACAAGCCCAAGCUCUCUGCACCCACCUAA